AUGCCAUGGCCUGCUUGGCCGUCCAUAAAACGUCCUGUCCUCCGGUCGUUUCUGUCUUCUUGUUUCCAGUCUUCCUCUCUAUCCACCGUUGUCCAAUCCCAGCUCAGACCAGUACUCUUGUUGUCGAUAUCACUCACUCAGAAACUCAAACCCUUCCAACACUCUCACUACUUACACAACACCGUCACAAUGAAGUACUCUGCUGCUACCGUCUUCGCCAUCAUGGCCCUUGCCAAGGCCCAGUCCGUCUCCGUCCCUGGCGAGGAUCAGGUUUCUUCCGUCCUCGGCGAUGUCAGCAGCCGUGUUGAGAGCAUCGCCUCUGAGGCCUCGAGCCGAGCUGCUGAGGCCUCCGCCGGUGCCUCCUCCAUUGCCGAGGAGAUCUCCUCCCGUGUUGCCAGCCUCAGCAGCGCCGCCACUGCCACCGGUGCCUCCGAGACUGUCACCGAGACCGGCACCGUGACCGCUACCGGCACCGCCACCGAAGAGACCGAGACUGGCACCGCCACCGAAGAGACCGAGACCGGUACCGAGACUGGUACUGAGACUGGCACCGAGACCCAGAAGUCUGUCGACACGGCUGCUAUUGCCAGCAAGACCAGCGAGCUCGGCGACCGCAUCGCCAGCCUGAGCUCGAAGGUGACCAGCGCUACUGGCGAGGCCGCCGCCUCGAUCAGCUCUGAGAUUGCCGCUGCCACCUCUGAGAUCGGUGCCCUCGCCAGCAGUGCCACCGAGGGCAACUCGGGUGCCAUGCCCACUGCUGCCAUCGCCAUGGGUGCUCUCUUUGGUGGUGCCGCCGUCAUUGUCAACAUGUAA